AUGGAUCCCCUGUACUUUUCCAGCACAUUCAGCAUGGAAGCCGCUCCCGGCGAGGCGAACUCCUCCCUGCUGCCCAACGCGACGGAGAACGGGACGCUGGCGGAGCCGCCCCCGUUCCAGUACAUCCACAAGGUGCUCAUCCCCAUCUGCUACCUGCUGGUGUGCGCCGUGGGGCUGAGCGGCAACGCCCUGGUCAUCUACGUGGUGCUGCGCCACGCCAAGAUGAAAACGGUCACCAACAUCUACAUCCUCAACCUGGCCGUGGCCGACGUGCUCUUCAUGCUGGGCCUGCCCUUCCUGGCCACCCAAAACGCCAUCUCCUACUGGCCCUUCGGCUCCUUCCUCUGCCGGCUGGUGAUGACCGUGGACGGCAUCAACCAGUUCACCAGCAUCUUCUGCCUGACGGUGAUGAGCAUGGACCGCUACCUGGCCGUGGUGCACCCCAUCAAAUCCACCAAGUGGAGACGCCCCAGGGUGGCCAAGCUCAUCAGUGCCACCGUUUGGACCUUCUCCUUCUUGGUGGUGCUGCCCGUGAUCAUCUUCUCGGACGUGCAGGAGGACUUCCAGACGUGCAACAUGAACUGGCCGGAGCCGGUCAACGUCUGGUCGGCGGCGUUCAUCAUCUACACCUCGGUGCUGGGCUUCUUUGGCCCUUUGCUGGUCAUCUGCCUGUGCUACCUGCUGAUCGUGGUCAAGGUCAAGUCCUCGGGGAUCCGCGUGGGCUCCACGCGGCGCCGCAGGUCGGAGCGGAAGGUCACCAGGAUGGUGGUGAUCAUCGUGGUGGUCUUCGUCUUCUGCUGGCUGCCCUUCUACACCAUGAACAUCGUCAACCUGAUCCUCAUCCUGCCCGCCGACCCCGUCCUGGAGGGGCUCUACUUCUUCAUGGUGGUGCUGUCCUACGCCAACAGCUGCGCCAACCCCAUCCUCUACGGCUUCCUCUCCGACAACUUCAAGCAGAGCUUCCAGAAGGUUCUCUGCCUCCGGAAGGGCGACGGAGCGGAGGAUGGAGACCCCGUGGAGCACAGGCAGGAGAACAGCAGCCGCCUGCAGGAGUCCAUGCUGACCCAGAGGAACGCAGAGUUCAACGGGCACAUGCAGACCAGCAAGGUCUGA